AUGAAUUCCCUGCUCAUGCGCUGCACAGUGAUCGGGGGCUCUGGGUUUCUGGGGCGCCACCUAGUGGAGAAGCUGCUGGAGCGGGGUUACAUCGUCAGCGUCUUCGACAUCCUGCAGGGCUUCGAGCUCCCUGGGGUCACCUUCCACGUGGGCGACCUCUGUGACCGCCAGGCGUUGCUGCCAGCCCUGCAGGGCGCGAGUGUGGUGUUCCACUGCGCCUCUCCGUCCCCCGCCAGCGAUGACCGGGCGCUGUUCCAUCGUGUUAAUGUGGAGGGCACGCGCACUGUGCUGCAGGCCUGCAGGGAGGCCGGGGUGCAGAGACUCGUUCUGACCAGCAGCGCCAGCGUGGUUUUUGAGGGCACCGAUAUCAAAAACGCCAGCGAGGACCUGCCCUAUGCCCGCCGCCCCAUCGACUACUACACUGAGACCAAGAUCCAGCAGGAGAAGCUGGUUCUGGAGGCCUGUGACCCAGGGCGGGGGUUCCUGACAGUAGCAAUCCGCCCUCAUGGGAUCUUCGGACCCCGGGACCCCCAGUUGGUCCCGAUUCUGGUGGACUCGGCUCGGAGGGGGAAGAUGAAGUUCAUUAUUGGACCAGGGCUGCCCAAGUCCAGUUCUCAACGGUCCUCCUGCCCAGCAGGUUUCUUGCUGCUCUUUAAAUCUGCAGCUUCUAAAAACCAAGGAAGCCUGGUCACGUUGGGGAUAGGCUCCAGCUCCCCUGCAGCCUUGAAUUGGACGACGCAGUUAGAACAUGGAUGGAUGUUAAAAUGUACUCGUGCCCUGCUGAGCUGGAGAGCAGAGGGGCGCGUGCGUCCAAGGGAACUAACCCCUUCCUGUCCCCGCCAGGCUUACCACAUCACCAAUGACGAGCCGGUGCGGUUCUGGGAGUUCCUGUCUCGGCUCUUGGUGGGGCUGGGCUAUGAGGCUCCGCGCUACCACCUGCCUUACCGCCUGGUGUACGGCCUGGCCCUGCUGCUGUGGCUGCUGGCCGUGCUCUUGCGCCCCCUGCUGACCUUCCGGCCCACCUUCACCCCCAUGCGGGUGGCGCUGGCCGGCACGCACCACUACUACAGCUGCGCCCGAGCCAAGCAGGAGCUGGGCUACAGGCCGCUGGUCAGCCUGGAGGAGGCCAUCACGCAGACCGUGCGGAGCUACCCUCACCUGCGGCUGGGGGCCUGAGCCUCCUGCUGACCAGGCCGCGCUCUCAGCCCAGGCUGGGCCGUGGGGAUCAGGGCUUCUGCGGAUGAGACGUGAGCGUUGGAUCACUGUGAGCACAGUCCUGAAUACACCUCAAACGACACAGUCUGGGCGAUCAGCAGCAGCAGUUUGAAUUCCUGAGUUGGCCGAUGUCGUUGGCUUACUUUGCUCUGUGCGCAGAAGAUACAAGAGCUCAGUGCCACUCAGCUCUCCUCGCAGCUCCACUAAAGCAUUUCUAACAAUCAGACAUCACAUCGGGAGGUGAAAAAAUCAUUUAUUUUCCCCUUAAUUAAGAAUGACCGUUUUUUCUGUUAUAAUUUCUAACUUUUCUAAGCAGUGUCACCCACAUUGUGACUGCAGGAUUAUCUCAGUAUGCCUGUGUAUUUACAAAGGCUCUGUCUUUGUAUUAAUUACUGAAUAAACACUGAAAACCGUAAUGA